CGACCGAGCCAAUCUGCCUGCUGAGCCAGCCCCCUCCUAUUCUUCCCCCUCUUCUGCGGACUGCGGAGCCGCCGGCCGCGCCCUCGGAACUUUUCACUCCGGCGGCGGCCACGGUGCAGAGCCGGCGGUUGGAGGUAUAGGUAGCAACCGGCAGCGGCGGCGGAGGCGAGAUGAGAGGCGGAGUCGGUGGGAGCGCGGCGGCGGUGUUCUACGCGGACAAGUACCACCCGAUCCAGGCGGGCAGCAUCGACGGCACGGAUGUCGCCCCCCACGACAACGCCGUCCUCCGCGCCCUCCUCUGCUCCGGCGCCGGCCUCUAUGAUCCGUUCGGGGACCCCAAGGCCACCGGCGAGCCCUACCACAUGGUGUUCGUCGGGCACCUCUCCCGCUUCACCGGUGACGAGACACUCCGGAAGGCGAUGAGCAGGUACGGGAGGGUGAAGAGCAUGCGGCUGGUGCGGGAUAUUGUUACUGGCGCUUCUCGUGGUUAUGCAUUUGUUGAGUAUGAAACAGACAAAGAGAUGCGCCGUGCCUAUGAGGAUGCACACCAUUCCAUUAUUGAUGGCAGUGAAGUGAUUGUAGAUUACUACAGACAGCAGCUUAUGCCUGGAUGGAUACCAAGGAGGUUAGGAGGGGGACUUGGAGGAAAGAAAGAAUCUGGCCAGCUUCGAUUUGGAGGCCGAGAGAGGCCAUUCCGUGCUCCACUGCGCCCUAUUCCUUAUGAUGAACUGAAAAAGCUCGGGAUCCCACCACCACCUGAAGGGAGGUACAUGACACGUUAUGAGGUUCCCCCACUACCAAGACGAAAAGGCAGCAAUAUUGACAGAGAAGAGUCACCUUCUCCUAGGAGAAGAUCCAAGGAUAGGCCUGACAACACCUACAGAAGGCAGAGAAGUCCAACUGAAGAUGAAGGCAGCCACCAAAGGAGCAAAAGCAGCCAUGAUCAGCGGGAAGAAUCACAACAGAGAAUAAGAUCAUCUACUUACAUAGAGGUCAGCACCUACAGCAGGCAGAAAAGCCCAAUCGAAGACGACAGCGAUCGUCGCAAACGGAGAAGAAGCCGCAAACCUGGAGACAUCAGCAGCUACGGUAGGCACCGAAGCCCAACCGAAGAUGACAGGAGUCGUCGCAAGAGGAGAAGAAGCCGCGACCCUGGAGACAUCAGCAGACACAGUAGGCAUAGAAUCCAGACCGAAGAAGAAGAUCACGAGGGGAGACACAGCCAGGAGCCAGGGCAGAUGUCUCCAGGCAGGGACGAUGGCAGCCGCAAACACGGGAAAUCUUCAACUGAAGCAGGCCACAGCCCUCGCCGGUCUCACCGGGAGAGGCGCCAUGGAGAACAUGCACGCGACGGCAGCAGCAGCCGCCGAAGUCACAGGUCUCGCUCCAGGAGAUCCGAGAGCCGAGACUACAGCCACUAGAUAGUACUAAAACCACAACAAGUAUUUACGAACCGAGGGAGUAGAUACCAUAUGUCGAGCAACAUUUCCAUGCAUAUGCCCUGUUCGAUUGCUUGGUGUUAAAGUCGUUGCAUUGUCGUCUUGCUGCCGCUUGGCCCGUGCCCGUCAAUACAUCAUGCGGCUAGUGACCAUAUUCAAGUUGGUUUCAAAAAAAUCACGAUCAAUAUUUUGAA